CCCUCCUCCCCGCUCCGCCUGGGGCCGCCCGAGGCCCCCAGCCCGGGGCCGCCCCCACGCGCGAAGGUGGCGGGCGCCUAUAAGAGCCGGCGACGGCGCGGCCCGCGGACACACGGCGCGGACACCCUAGCAGCAGUACCCGGACCCCGGCGCGACCAUGUCCCAUCACUGGGGAUACGGCCCGCACAACGGCCCCGAACACUGGCAUAAGGACUUCCCCAUCGCCAACGGCGAGCGCCAGUCACCGGUUGACGUCGACACCAAGGCCGUCGUUUCUGAUGCUGCUCUGAAGCCUCUGUCCCUUCUCUAUGGGCAAGCAACUUCGCGGAGAAUGCUCAACAACGGUCACUCUUUCAACGUGGAGUUUGAUGACUCCCAGGACAAAGCAGUGCUGAAAGACGGACCUCUUACUGGCACUUACAGAUUAGUUCAGUUUCACUUUCACUGGGGUUCAUCUGAUGACCAAGGUUCUGAGCAUACUGUGGAUAAGAAGAAAUAUGCUGCAGAGCUACACUUGGUUCACUGGAACACCAAGUACGGGGACUUUGGAACAGCAGCGCAGCAGCCUGAUGGACUGGCCGUUGUGGGUGUUUUUUUGAAGGUUGGUGAUGCUAACCCAGCUCUCCAGAAAGUCCUUGACGCGCUGGAUUCUAUUAAAACAAAGGCUAAGAGUGCCGACUUCCCUAACUUCGAUCCUUCCAGCCUCCUUCCUAACGUCUUGGACUACUGGACCUACCCUGGCUCACUGACCACCCCUCCUCUCCUCGAAAGCGUGACCUGGGUCGUGCUCAAAGAACCCAUCUCCGUUAGCAGUCAGCAGAUGUUGAAAUUCCGUACUCUUAACUUCAACGCGGAGGGUGAGCCUGAACUUCCGAUGGUGGACAACUGGCGUCCGGCUCAGCCCCUGAAGAACAGAAAAGUCAGAGGUUUCCCCAGAUAAGGCGGCCCCGGGGCAGUGUCCAGGGGAGGGUCUUUGGGCCUCCCCUUAGCUUAGCACAAGUCCACCUUGGUGAACUGGGCCCUCGCUUCUUUGCGUCUGGUUUUCUAGACCCUUCAUCUCUCACCUGAUGUGCUUACUAUUAAAAUGUGAAAACCCAGACCAAUUGUCAUGAUUGACAGAUUUGCUGUGACUGGUGCUUUGCUUAUGAUAGUAGCCUUUCUGUGACAGAGAAUAUAAGAACCUUGAUUUUGCUCACAGAAUGUGGCAUAAUGAGCACUCACAAUGGUUCACUAAAGUGCUAUUUUUAAAAUAUAAGAAGGCAGGAUGAUUGAGUGCAAGUCUACGUACGGGGAUAAAUUGAACUGUGUGAUAUAAAUCAGGUAACAUAGUCUUGAUCCUAUGUAAUGUGAAUCAGAUAAAUGUUUGUGAUUCCAAGAUGGUAUAAUAAAGAAAAACUUUAAAUUCUUAAAUAUAUUUGUAGCAAUGGUAUCUUAAUUACACUAUGAUUUAGUGACUUUUGAACUAUAGAGAUAUAAAUGAAUUAUCUAUAAAAAUUGUUAUAGCUGUGAUAC